GCAGAUAAGGGUCGAAACGCUACAGUGUUACCGGUUCUAAAAACCUUCGUGACGCAGUGUUUCGACACGUGUAUAAAAAGCUAAACUUUCGCGGCGAAUCUUUGUAGGUCCAGCGCUGCGUUCCUCGAUUGUAUUGCAUUCAUAGUCAAACCUUUGAGGCAAUCCCACGUAACGUAAGCACGGAAAUUUAUAGAUCGCGUAAAACGAAAUUCUUUGCCAAGCUUUCAAGGUGAAUCAGAACAUUCUUUUGGGAACUUUGUAUAUAGGAUUUAUGUUUAAUGUCAUUCUAACAUUCCUGAAGAGGUCGACCCACGGGAAUCCGUCGAGAAUUUAUCCCGUGAACAAAUUUGUGUAUUUUGUAUGAAUAAUAAAUGAACCCAAACCAAAUAUUGGUAAAGUUUUUUCUCAUUAAUUGUGCAGUUGAAUUUUAAGUUUAGGAAUACCGUCCUUUUCUGUGGGUUAAAUUUUAUGGAAGGAACAGACACUGGUAUUUACUCCAAAGAACUGAACUUUCAUAUCGACCAACCACUGGGCAAACUUCCUACUGUAUUCCAGGCACUUGAUCAUUGUAAAAUUACAUACUUCUAGGUUAGUUUUCGAACGCCACCAUACACUAGAGCAAGUACCAGGCAGCAACACCAUGAAGUUCGUGUGGCAUUCUGGAACGAAAUGUAAUGAGAACCCCGACUGGCCUCAAAACAGGUGUUUUAUGGUGCAGAGCCGGCUCCUCCACUUAUAGUUGAUAGUAAUCCGUAAUCCAGAUCUCAGGGGCAAAUUAUUAAAAUUUAUAAUGAUCUCCCCGCAUCUUCCCCUCCUCACAACCCAAGGUCACCGUGUGCUUCACAAUAGACAAGGUUAUACUAGGUCCAUCUCGUCUCUCUGAGCAGCUCUUCCCUUCGUCAUCGCAUACCCCUCUCUUCUCUGCAGCUUCUUCUUCUUCGAUUUUCAUACAAAGGGUUUGAACUUCCUUUCUUUGAAACUAAUUGACAGUUUACCUGUGCUGUGCUUAUUUUUGUAAAUUUUAAUAGUUUGUCCCUGAGGUCUGGAUUAUGGCUCUCUCCAAUCUACUAUGGAGCAUUAUUGAUGAUCAAAUACUGAGCACUUGCAGACGUUUGCCAGACGCCGUUAAUAUAAGUUGCUUCUUAUAAAAUGUAUCAAACCCAAAACAACAUUUUCCUACGCAAGACACCCUUUCAGCACACGUGGAUUUGAUAAAUUCCGUCUUGCCUGAAUCAGUACAUGCUAAGUUCGAUUUUUGAAUAUCAAAAUCUAUUUGUGUGUCAUUGCAUGCGGAUUUUGCUACCUAGUUCGUAUAAUAUCUAUUUAUGUGACCAUGGCAAACAGUUUACUUACGAAUUCUUAUCACAAAGCGAUAAGCGCUAUCAGUAUACUUGUAAUAGAGGACAUGGCUUAACAUAAAACAACGGAAAAAAAAAGGUACCAACGUCCAUUUCGUUAUGAUGGACCUGGCAUUUUCCUGGUUUGACUACGCCCUAUUUUUCGGCAUGUUGGGAUUAAGCAUCAUGAUCGGCAUCUACUUUGGGUUCGACCGCGAAAAACAAACAAAAAAAGACUACGUUUUGGGCGGCAAAAACAUGGACGUACUUCCGAUUUCCAUCUCGUUGAUCGCAAGCCAGAUAUCCGGCAUAACGCUGCUAGCAGUUCCCGCCGAUAUUUACAACUACGGCUCCAACUAUAUUUGGCUGUGUAUAUCAAUACCGUUAGUGUGCGUUAUCAAUAACUACGUAUUUCUGCCUUUAUUUUUCCAAUUGCAACUGACCAGUAUUUACGAGUAUUUAAGUUUACGUUUUGAUAAAAGAGUUGAGGUUGUUGGGUCGCUUUUAUUUAUUUUCUCGAUCUUCUUUCACAAUCCCAUCGUCAUUUACAUACCCGCUUUGGCGUUAGCCCAAGCAACCGGUACCGACUUACACUCAACAAUAGUUUUCGUGUGCGUUAUUUGCACCUUUUACACAGGCGUAGGUGGUCUCAAAGCGGUCGUUUGGACAGAUGUACUUCAGUGCGUUGGCAUAUUUGGAUCAAUUGGAGUGGUCGUUUUUGUGGGUGCAAAAUCAGUGGGCGGGUUUUCUGAGGUUCUUGCAACAGCGGAACGGGGUGGUCGUAUGGACAUAUUUGAGUUGAAACUUAACCCGUUUGUAAGGGAUGGGUUUGUUCCAGUGAUAAUCGGAGGUAGCUUGCAGUACAUGACAUACAUUUGCUUCAAUCAAGGCUAUAUGCAAAAGUUUUUGGCUGUGCGUACACUUCAAAAGGCGAAACGUGCCCAACAAAUUUAUUGCCUUGGUGUUAUCGGGACGAUAGCAGCAUGCGUACUUACCGGCAACAUUCUGUACGCAAAAUACCACAACUGCGACCCUUUUCUGAGUAACAAAAUCAACAGAAGUGAUCAGCUUUUGCCGUACUUUGUCAUCGAGCUUGCUCAAAAUCUACCAGGUCUUCCCGGAGUUUUUAUUGCGGGUGUCUUUAGCGCGGCCUUAAGUACGUUUUCCGCUAGCUUAAACACAGCUGCCACAGCAAUUUACCAAGACUUCAUCUUGCCCAUCCGCCCCACAAUCCAAAAGGAUCAAGAAUGCAGAAUUUUGAAAGUAAUUGUCCUGGUGUUCGGGGUUGUGUGCACAGUAUUGGCAAUGUUUGUUGACAAAGUGAGAGGAGUCUUAUCUUUUUCUAUUGCCGUAAACAGUAUUGUUAGUGGUCCCUUACUCGGCGUAUUUAUUUUAGGUACCUUAGUUCCUGCAGCAAAUUCCAGGGGAGCAUUCUAUGGAUGUAUGAGCGCGAUUAUAGUUUUAAGUUGGAUGGUCAUUGGGAACCAGUGGUACGCCAGUCAGGAUUUCUUUGUAAAACCCAUUUCGACAUCGGACUGUAACCUUUCUUUAAUUGUUGAAGAGAGAAUCCAAACAUCUGCAGUAGAUCCACCAUUCUUUCUAUAUAGAAUCUCCUUCUGGUACAACACUCUAAUUGGGUCUGCCGUAGUUGUUAUAGUCGGAUUGGUAACAAGUUUCUUUACCAUCGACAAAGGAAAGACGCUUCAUGCAAGUUUAUUGCAGAAACUUCCUAAGUAGUAUUUAGGUAAUAUAGAAAUUCUGUAAUACUCGUUUGGGGGGCCUCUUUAGGCAACUUGUAAAUUAUGCGUAAUGUGGGCCAAAUUACUAUAAUUAAGCAUUAAGAUAGCUCUUGAACUUUUGAUGACACAACAGUGUCAGUUUUUAGCACAUACCAUUAUCUCUCAUACCAAAAAAAUAUUAUGCUUACAGAUUUAGCUUAAGAUAUUAUACACUACACACACUCGGUACAUAAUUUCAUGGUAUAUUACAUCUUUGUAGGGCACCUUGGUAGAUUACAAUUAUCUGAUUAUCCUCGUCUUUCUACAAACAUUCUUCUACGGGCCCGUAUUUACUGCCAUCCAGCCAGCCAAAGAGAGAUUAACAGCUACCUUUUCACAAAUAAAUUUGCAAAAAUGCGCAAAAAAGGUACUCUCACGUUUUAAUAAUAAUAAUAAGGAAAUUUAUUGUCUAACAGCAAAACACGCCAAUUCUAAGACAAUGUAGAAAAAUUACAAUGAAUGUACAUAGAUACAAUAAUAAACGCUAAAUGCGAAAAAAAAACAAAAAUAAAAAAAACAAAGAUAGCACACAUUAUUGAAAGUAGCAAUAAUUAUCCAGACUAAUAAAUAAAAAACGUAAAUCAUAAAAUUAAGUUAACAAUCCUCAAACUUUUCCAAGAAGGUGCCCUUAAAGAGCACAAGUGGAACAGAAACAUUAUUUUUUUUAAUUUAUUUACGAAGGCGCCCCCUUUUUAAUUUUAUUACAAUAAUAAUUAAUUGUAGAUUAUAUAUAAUUAGUAAUAUUAAGGAACGUUUUGAUGGAAUUUUUGUACGUUUUGUAAUAUGAAAAUUAAAUAUCUUACCAAUAAG